UUACGUUGAAGUGUAAACGUACGGUGUUUCUAACGUUAGUUAAACACGGCGGCUGACCGUGAAAGCGGGACUCUCUGUUUUAAAGAAAAGAAGAUGGAGUUCGAGGCGACGGAGACUGUUCGCUCGACACCGAGUCGCCACGAGAAAAGUUUGGGGCUCCUCACGAUGAAGUUUGUCAGUCUGCUUCAAGAUGCGAAGGACGGCGUCCUCGACCUGAAAGUGGCUGCAGACAGCUUGGCAGUGAAGCAGAAGAGGAGGAUAUAUGACAUAACCAACGUACUGGAAGGAGUGGGGUUGAUAGAGAAGAAAAACAAGAACAUAAUCCAGUGGAGGGGAGAGAACUCCGGCAGCCAAUCUAAGGAGGUGCUCGAGCAGGUGAAUGUUUUGAAGGCCCAAAUCUCUGACCUGGAGGCUCAAGAAAAAGAGCUGGACAACCAGAAGACAUGGCUAGAGGAGAACAUCAAACACUGUAACCUCGAUCCCAUCACCAGCACUUAUAAAUUUGUCACACAUGAAGACAUCUGCAGCGCCUUCCGCGGAGACACUCUCCUUGCUGUUGUGGCUCCUGCUGGGACCCAGCUGGAGGUACCACGACCUGAAACGGGCCAGAGUGGUCAGAAGAAGUACCAGGUGAACCUCCGCAGCCUCUCGGCCCCCAUACAGGUCAUGCUCAUCAACAGGGAUUCAGACUCCACAAGACCUGUGGUCUUCUCCGUGCCGCCCACCGACGACAUCUGUCCAAUGCCGACUCCGCCGAGCACCCCCGCCAGCCUGCAGAGGUUCCCUUUCUCCACGUCGGUGUACUCCACCCCCUCCUACUGCAGCCAGGACUCUCUCUGCUGCGACCACCAGAUGGUGCUGCCAGAACUUGAUGAAGUGCUGACUCCAACGUCCACCCCUCCCGAUGUGCAGAUGGAGUGUGGCAGUCAGUCGGCCGCCGCGUUGGAGCAGCAGCAGAUGGACCUGGCGGCCCAAGACUUCCACCCUGGACUGGACAUGAGCAGCCUGCUGAAGCUCAACGCCGCCGGAGACCACAUGAAGGACGGCCGAGCGGUUUGUCUUUCUAUCCGUCUCCGUCUCAUCCGUCUGUGUCUCACAGGAAUAGACUACAGCUUCAACCUGGACGACAACGAGGGCGUCUGUGACCUGUUUGAUGUGCAGAUCCUCAAUUACUGACGACUCGCUGCGCCUCCUCUCCGUCGUGCUUUUACAAUCUCAGGAGCCGCCUUCUCUUCGCUCUCGAAAGACUCUUCAAAGAUGCCUUUUCCCAUUUGUGUUAUGACAUGCCAUUGUCAUGAAAAGAAAAGAGAACGUCCACACAUUUAGACGACCGUCGCUGUGCUCCACUGUUUGCCGACACAAAGCACGGUGCCUGAUUUAAUUUGCCAAGAGCUACGUGUGAAGCCGCGAGUCAUUAACCGUCCAAUGAAUGUUUCACUGGGUAAAGACCAUCCAUGAAGCCACUGAAGCCACUGAAGCCACUGAAGCCAGGACACAUCCUUCAGCCUCCUGCACUUUUUGCAUGGUAGUAUUUUUGUAUUUUUCCACAUCCAGUGGAAUUUCUGAGAUUAUACGACAGCUUUACAUUUUGUUCAUGAACAGUUGGGACUGUGAGUGUUUUCAUAUUCGUUGAUAUUCACAACUCAGUAUUUACCUCUUUCUAACAUUUGAUACAGGGUCAAUAAUCUAGAUCUGGCUACGUACGUGAGUAACUUAGGGUUCUUUAAAAAGCAUAUUGUGUAAAAACUUACUCAAUUCAACAGUUAUAUUUGGUUAAAUGGCAUAUUGUAUUUAAUGAGUGAAUGUUUCGGCUACAUUUCGUUGCCGUGUUCUCGUGUGAAAAUGGCAGAAAUAUUAAUUUUCUAAAUUAUUGCGACACUGCCAUUUUGGACCUCCAAAUAUUUUUUAUUUCUUGUAUAAUUAGUUAUAUAUUUGAAUAGCUAAUAAUUUUUAUUUAAUUUAAGAAAAAAGUUUUCUUGGUUCAACAUUUUUUAAAGUGAUGUUGGUUGACUGCCUUAAUUGGAAUAAAACUGAAUUGGCCAUAUUUCCGAUCUGAAAUUUCAGAUCUUACGAGUCUAAAGUGGCAUUUUUGUAUAUUUAUAGUUUUCUUUGAAUACAAGUCUUGUUUUUGUGACACUGCUUUUAUUUGCACAUUUCUGAAUGUUUUUUUCUCUCUAAUAAAUGGAUUUA